UUGUGCACACUGCAGUUUCUGCUCUUGUUUGCCUUCAUACUCCACCACCACCACCGUCAGGGUGAAUGACUGUUUUCUCCCACACCUGCUGACAAUCUCUGCCCCCCCCCAACUGGACAAACACGUGGACAUGAGCACAUUCAGACAACAUGGGCUCCAGACUGAAACAAAACCCUGAGCGGACUUUUUACUGGUUCUUUGAAGCAGCUUGCCCUGUCGCCAGAGACAAAGAUCCUGAUGUGCUGUUUCAGUUUCCGGAAGACUUUAGUGAUGAGGAUUCCUGUCAGACAUUGCCCAGAUUCUGCUUCCCAUAUGACAUACAAAGAGUGAGGGAUGGGGUAGCCGUGCAGCACUUUACUUUUGUUCUGACUGACCUUCAGGGAUGCCAGCGCUUUGGCUUCUGUCGUCUCACCAACAACACACACACCUGCCUUUGCAUACUAAGCUAUCUUCCAUGGUUUGAAGUCUUUUACAAACUUCUCAAUAACUUGGCAGAUUACCUGACGAAAGGACAGACCAACGAGACAAAAGUGCUGCUGGCUGCACUUUACAAGCAGCCUCUACCUCUGGCCGCUGGAUCCGUCACUCUGCAGAUGGGAGAGCAGCUAUUGUUCAGCACAGAGGUGUACCAUCCCACUGGACACCCAGAGGGACAAGAGGGGGUUCCAUAUUUCAUUGCUCCAGAUCCAAGAAGUCUUCCAUCUAUUCCCGAAAACAGGAACUUGACAGAGCUGAUCGUGGCAGUCGAUGUGGGAAACCUGCUCCAGGUCUACGCCAGCCUGCUGUUUGAGAGACGCAUCCUGAUCUUGGCCAGCAAACUCAGCACUCUGACAUCUUGUGUGCAUGCACUGAGUGCUGUGUUGUUCCCCAUGUACUGGCAACACAUCUUCAUACCUGUGCUGCCACCCCACCUACUGGACUACUGCUGUGCACCAAUGCCUUACUUAAUAGGGGUUCACACCAGUUUAUCAGAGCGGGUGAGGAGUCGUGGAUUGGAGGAAGUUGUAAUUCUAAAUGUUGACACAAACACUCUAGAAAACCCCUUUGACGACCAUAAGCGGAUACCUUCGGAUGUGAUGUCUGGGCUGAAGUUGUGUUUGAAGCGUCACGCCGUGUCUCCUGGCUGCGGUGUCUCACGAGCCUUCCUGAGAGCUCAGGCUCUGCUUUUUGGAGGCUACAGGGACGCACUGCAGGGUCCCAAGGGUGACGUAUGCUUCAGUGAAGAGCUGUUUCUAGAUCACAAGUCUCACAGUAUGAGGCAGUUCCUUCAGAGUGCCGUUCAUUUGCAAUGCUUCAAACAGUUCAUUGAUGGACGUCUGGAUAUUCUCAACAAAGGGAAGGAACCAGAUGACCUCUUUGAGGAUGAGAUCCUAAAAUGUGAAACAACAGCAGGACAAGGCAAAUCUUAUCAGCAGCUCGUUGGUAAUUUAAAGAAAGGGGGAGGAGCUUUAAUCCUCAACAUGAAGUCCAAAGCAAACAUGAGGGCCAAAGGUCUCACCAAGUCUGGUUUGAAAAACUUCCUGAUGCACAAGGCCCACAAUGAAGACCCCACACUUCACAGAGUUGGAUCAGUGUCUCACCGUCGUGCCAAAUCUGACUGCCUCCAGAAUCGCCUGCCGAUCACACAGCACUUUGGGAUGUCACGUCCCCGACGGCCUGUCCAUAAAUCGAGGCAUCCCAGAGAUCGGGACAUUGUGAAGGACACUGGAGAUACAUGGGAUGGAGCAGGUUCUGGGUCUGUGGAUGAGUCUGACCCUCAACUGCAGAGAGGAGAAGAAGAAGAAGAAGAAGAAGAAGAAGGGGAGGAGGAGGAGGAGGAGGAGGAAGAUGCGCUGCUGUGUGACCCAGAGGAGAUGGAUUUGCUUGGUGAGAUCUUUGACACCCUAAGCUCCCGGAGCUGCCAUGACCGCGGCCUGCUGUACGGCACACGCAGUCUGGAUCUGUUUGGACCAGACAAUCAUGAUUAUAUUACAAAGCGCGGUCCAGUGAACCCCAGCCAGGAGAGUCUGUAUCUGUCUAUCAGUGGCAGCCUGCACAGCUGGAAUCUGGAAACCACAGAGGAGCUCGCUGACCUGACGGAGGACUCGGAUGAUUGGUCAUGUCUGGAAACCAACGUACCAGAGGAGGGGGGGCCAGACAGUCUGCUGACAACACGUGAAAAGGGAAAACAGGAGAAGGAACAGAGGGAGGAUGGAGAGAAGCAGGAAGAAGUGAGGGUAGCAAUAGAUGCAAAGGAAGAAGAAGAAAAAGAAAAAGGCAACAGCAAGGAAGUAAGGUUUGAGGAAGAGACAAAGAAAGAAGGUGUGGAAAUGAGAGUGAGCCUAGGAGAGGAACCCAUGAAAGAAACAGCUGAAAAGCAAGAUGAUGCCAGAUUUAAAGAAAAUAGGGGCGAUGAUGAGAGUGAGCAGGUAGUAGAGAAAGAGGCAGAAAGAGAAACUAAUAAAAUACAGAAAGAUGUGACAAGAGGAGAAGAUGGAAACAAGAUGCAGGGUGAGGAAGAGGUCACAAGAUCUUCAAACAAACUGAAUGCCUGUGAUGAUACAGACACAGUGGAGGUUUGGCAAGGACAACAUGAGACAGCCAAUCCAGAAACCACAGCUCCUUCUGGGCCUCAGAGCAUCACUGCUGACCUUAAGCCUCCAGCAGGUCAGCAAAAAAAGAGUGAAGAACCAGUAAUGAAAGAGUUAAGGCAAACUCCCUCUCCCCCUAAAGUGCUAUCUGCUAUAGCACGCUUCCAGUCUCAGACAUCCAGCAGCCAGAGCUUUCAGGUGAAGUCCAGGACCAAAGGCUUCACUGAACAUGGGAGAGAGUGUUGUGUGCUGUGGAGCAAGGAGAGCAAACAAACUCACCAACCGUGUCAAUCAAAUAUACCCGAUGAGAAGCGUUCAGAGACACAAACAGAGGACGACCCCCCUCUGAUCAAAGUGUCAGAACUGAAGAAGAGAUUUGAAGCUUAAAAGGGAGAGCAAUGCUGUUUUAAUUGUUUCACUUCUAUUGUUGACAAAUCACCCGAUUUCCCCUCGAUACUAUUAAAGAGGUAAAUCAUCAAAUAAUACAAUGGGUCAAAAUAUUGUUUCACCUUUAUAAGGACAACAUAUAGUGUUUUUUUUAGAUGGACAACAUGAGAGCUACCACCAUCUUGAUUCACCCUCACUGGCCACCUCCUCAUGUGUACUAUAUGGGACAUAUGGGACAAAAAAU